AUGCCACAACUAGACACAUCGACAUGACUUACAACAAUUUUAUCAAUAUUUCUAGCUCUCUUUAUUAUUUUCCAACUAAAAAUCUCAAAGUACGACUUCUACCACAACCCAGAACUAACAGCAAAAAUACUAAAGCAUAACACCCCUUGAGAAACAAAAUGAACGAAAAUCUAUUUACCUCUUUUAUUACCCCUAUAA